AUGAGUGCUCGGAAGCUGAAGGUGGUGGGGGGGUUAAUGAAAGUCCCUGAGAGAGAGCUAAUGGGUGACAUUUUGUUGCGCGAGAGCACCGAGACGGCCCUUCCGGUGCAUGUGAAUAUCGGGAAGCUGCUGAGGGCUGAGGAUGGACGGUACACGGACAUGGAGGAUCGAGCUGAUGCUGCCAAGAGAAGACAGCUAGCCAACGCCAAGGAGCGGCUCAGGGUGCGGAGUCUGAACAGCAUGUUCUCCUAUCUGAGGAGGAUCGUGCCGGUGAUGCCCCGAGACCGCAAGCCCAGUAAAGUGGACAUGCUGAAGGCAGCGACGGAGUACAUCCGGCUGCUGUCCUCUGUGCUCAAGGACACCUCGGCACACGGCAACGCCGCUUCCAGCGAGCUGCUGGAGAACGUGAGCAACUACUCGCUGUUGGAUGAUGGGUGUGCUGAUCUGUGGAGUGUGGAUGAUGUGCUGGACUCUCUGUCCAAUCCGUCUCUAUCGGUUGCAGCUCCAUCCGUCGCCACAGAAGCAGAUGAGGUGGAUCUGGGCAACAUGAGUGUGCAGUGUGCCGUCCCGGUCUACAUCAUCCAGGUUGGCUCUGACCACACCCUGGUAAAGAGUUUGAAGUUACACGUCCUGAGGCCUAAACCGCCCUCAUCCUCUCAGAAACCCAGGAGUGACGAGAAAACCAUCACAGUCUAA